AAAAGUCUGUUUUUCAUUUGCAUCCUCAUCAUUUAUAUACAUUCUCAAACCCUAAGAAAAGAAAACGUGUUUUCGUUUUCGUUUUAGCCAAAGUCUUUGAAUCAAUAUCGAAGAUGAAGUUGGGAUCAAGUCAAAGCAUGGGAGGUUCAAAGAGACGGGUGUCGAGUAGGGGACUUGGAGCUGUUCUUAAAGAACAAAGAGCUAAGCUUUACAUCAUUCGAAGAUGUGUUGUCAUGCUUCUUUGUUGGAACGAUUGAUUCUCCUUAGAUUCAUUAUGUCCCUCAUUUCGAUCACUGUCGGUAUGUAUCAAAGGGUUUGCUGGUUGGAGAGAGACCCGUCGUUUCGUUCUGCAGAAGAACCUCGGCUAACAAGGUCGGUUCGGAUCCUAGUUUGAUGCUAUAUUGUGGAAGAAUCGGUUAAACGAUUAGCUUGUUUCGGUUAGGUCUCUCAGUUGGUUAGCAGAUUCUUGUUCUUUGGAGGAAAUGUUGAAAUUUAAAUUACUUAGUGGAGAGGAAGGGAAAUAUUGUAAAUAUUCACAACAUGCUAGAGAGAGUUGACAAAGUUUUGUAAUAGCUUUUGGCUUUGUUCAUGACAUUCUUAAAUAUAAAUGAUUUACGGCUA